AUGGAAGGCGCCGAUUUCUCCAUGGGCGAGCUGGUGUUCCCGCUGGAGGAGCACGAAGCGCCGAAGACUCCAGUGCCGUUUGAGGCGUCGGCGGCCGCCGCCAGCGACACCCUACGCCUUCUGGAUCGCCUACUUGAGCCUGAUACCGAUGCGCAUUCAAUGCUUGCUCGCCACGUGGAGCUGGCGGCGGGUGGAGCACACCGUACGGACCCCGCCACCCUCUGCCAGCUGCUGCAGCGCCUGGGCUACAGCGCUAAGCUGCACGAGUCGACCUCCCCUCUGGCCAAGUUCAAGCGCGGCGUGCGCCACCAGUACAUCACCGUCUGCCUGCCCAACACCAGCACCACGGGGCUGUCUGGGUACAUAGUUGACCCCAACUUCCGUGACUGCUUCUGCAUCGCACACCCCACCCCGCGCUACGCCGCCGUGCUGGACGGCGUGCCCGCCGCCGUGGUGGCCGACAGGGCCUUCUUCUACCGCGCCGUGUCCACUCUGAGCCGCGAGAUGGCGCUGUCGUUUGUGCAGCAGGGCGAGGACCUGCCGCCCUGGCGCACCGCCCAGGCGCUGCUCAGCCGCUGGCACCUCAGCGGCGGCGACGCUGCCGCCAGCGGCCUGGGCGGCUGCAGCACCUGGGCGCAGGCGGCGCCCCAGGGCCGCGACCUCUUUGCCGCCAAGCGUCAGGCCGCGUACGGCGCCGACUGAGGCGGGCCCGUGAGAAUGAUGAGG